GCCGAGGCGCGGGGCUCCGUGCUCCAGGCGGCGGUCCCGGGCGGGGCUCCGGUCAGCAUCGCCCUUCGAACACCGAGUGUUUCCCCGUUAACGCGCGGCCUGGCACCUCUGCGUCCUUCUCCAUUGGCUCCGUGUGGGGUCAACGUCAUGGUUCCUGUAAGCGCGCUUUUAGCUCCUAAGGUUCUUGCUCCUCCAAAUCAAGAAGACAGUGCACGAAGCCAGGGGACAUCAGCCAUGCUCCAGACAACUUGGCCUCAGGAGCCAGUGACCUUUGAGGAUGUGGCCGUGUACUUCACCCAGAGUCAGUGGGCCAGCCUGGACCAUGCGCAGAGGGACUUGUACCGGGAGGUGAUGCUGGAGAAUUAUGCUAAUGUGGCUUCCUUGGGAGGAGCAUUUCCAUUCCCCAAACCUGUUCUGGUCUCCCAGCUGGAGAGAGGGGAAGCACCAUGGGGCCCAGAUCCCUGGGAAGCAGAGGUUGUGAGAUGCAUCAGUCCAGGUGGUGAGUCCUGGAUCAAGAAAGAGGAGCCUGCUGUAAAGCAGGAAGCAGCUGAAGAGGCAGAGUUGCACAGAACGCUCGGAGGAGGACUUCUCAGAAAUGUUUCCCAGCACUUUGACUUUAAAAGCAAGGCCACAUGGCAGACUUUCAGUCUGAAUCCGAAUCUGAUACUUCGGGGUGGAAUGAAGUUCUAUGAAUGUAAAGAAUGUGGGAAAAUCUUCAGAUAUAACUCGAAGCUUAUUCGGCACCAGAUGAGUCAUACUGGGGAAAAGCCCUUCAAGUGUAAGGAAUGUGGCAAAGCUUUUAAGUCCAGCUAUGACUGUAUUGUACAUGAGAAGAAUCACAUCGGGGAAGGGCCCUAUGAAUGUAAGGAGUGCGGCAAAGGUUUGAGUUCCAACACAGCCUUGACUCAGCAUCAGAGGAUCCACACUGGAGAGAAGCCGUAUGAAUGUAAGGAGUGUGGAAAGGCCUUCCGUAGAAGCGCAGCUUAUCUUCAGCAUCAGAGAUUGCACACUGGAGAGAAACUCUAUAAAUGCAAGGAGUGUUGGAAAGCUUUUGGGUGUAGGUCACUUUUUAUCGUCCAUCAGAGGAUUCACACAGGGGAGAAGCCAUACCAGUGUAAGGAGUGUGGCAAGGCAUUCACUCAGAAGAUAGCUUCCAUCCAGCAUCAGAGAGUCCACACUGGAGAGAAGCCCUAUGAGUGCAAGGUGUGUGGGAAAGCAUUCAAAUGGUACGGCAGUUUUGUUCAGCACCAGAAACUGCACCCCAUGGAGAAGAAGCCUGUCAAGGUUCUUGGGCCAUCGCUGAUGGGUCCCCCAUGCCCCUCUUCAGCCUUCUCUGCUGCUCCUAUCCAGGGCCCGUGCUCUGCUCCCACUGUGGCCGUGCCUUCACUGACCUUUCCACAUGCUGUACUUAUUCCUACCUCUGGACCUUUGUUCAUGCUACUGCCCGCAUCUGGAAUGCCGUCUUCACCUGUCCAAAUAGUGCACGUCUUCCAGGGCCUUCCUCCCACUGUGAAGCCUUCCCCAGUUAUUCUAGCCCCUUCCCCUCAUCCCUCAUGAGCUUUAUCUCAGCACUCCUCCAGCUCUUAGGCCCAGCCGACUGUCAGCUUCACUUGAGUUUCAUUUGUAUAUUUUGUCUUCACCUUACACUCCUCACAAUUGUUUCAGCAUAAGCUCCAUUAUAAUCUAUAUAUAUUGAAAGACCGUGUUGUUGUAUUUCCGUCUGGGUAGAAAGUGCAACUAUCUGACCUUUGCACCAGUCUCUUUCAGGCUUGAACAGUAAUGGCUGAAUCUGCCCUGUGAGGAUGUGGGUGUUGGAAGUGCUGGCAGGACACUUGGUUGCAUUAGAGUGUCUGCGGGAGAGCCCAUCCUUGCACGGGGCCUUUGUGGUUAGAGCCAAGCGGCUUGGGGGAAGCAGGAGAGCUGUGCAGGAACUGGAGGGGAUGGCAGGGUGGGGUGCGGAAGGAGAGCACCAGCAACCGCUUUCAGCAGCAGACUCAGAAAUUACUGUGGAUUGUUCAGUGGGCUAAGGUGACGUCAAUGCAGUUGAAGUCAUGUUGCCCUUGGUAUGGAUCAUUGAGGAUCUUCAGCUGUGUAUGCAAAAGAGCAUGAGAAAUAACCAGUGAACAACUAUAUGCAGUGAUAACAAUUAUUUAUGCAAUUGAUAGCAGUUAUGUCUUUGAACACUGUGUUUUUUUCUUUAGUUUUGCUCUUGAUAUCUAGAUUUUUUUUUUUAUCUUUGAUUUCCUAAGUAAAUAUACACCAAAGUAUUCAUCUUU